AUGUCAUCCCAACUCGUUCGAGCAUCAAAACACCCGUUCGGAUAUUCAAUUUUUGCAGCAUUUGGAAUUUCAGACGAACAAAAUGAAAUUGAGAAAUUAUAUUUAAAUUUUUGUGGUCGAGAUGAUGUGAUUUUAUCAACCACAACGCCAUCAUCAGAAAAAAAUACGAAAAAUAAUACUAAAAUAAUAGAAAUUGAAAAUAAUUGUUUUGAGCUCAAAAUUGGCAGACACACAAAAUGUCCUCUAAAAACAACCUCUAAAUGGAUUGAAAAAGAGCGAAUCGUUUUGAGACAAUCAUUGUCAACAGCAACAAGAAAAUUUGACUUUAUGCAAGUCGCAGUUGCUGUAUUAAUAGAAAAUAUUGCAACUAAAGAAGUUUUAAUCACAAAAAGAGCAAAACACAUGAGAGCAUUUCCUAAUACCUAUGUUGUUCCUGGAGGCUCUGUAGAAAAACAAGACGAAUCCAUUUAUCAUGCAGCUGCAAGAGAAACGUUUGAAGAAACAGGAAUUGAAAUUGAUUGUAAAUGUUUGAAACCAAUUUAUUUGUGGGAAAGUGCAUUUCCAACAUCCAUAGAUCAAGGAAUUCCAUCGAGACAUCAUUUAAUUAUUUAUUUACAUGCAAAAGUUAACUUAUUCAGUGAAAAUGCAUCCAAAGAGGAAAGGUAUGAGAAUAUUUUGAAAUUGCAGAAAGAGGAAGUUGAAUCAGCAAGUUGGAUUGGGCUCGAUGUUGUUUCACAAAUUGUGGAACAUAUCGAAAAUGGAAGAGAAAUGACUCCAAAGUUGAAGCAAUCUAUUGAAGGAAAAUCAUUUCAAGUUUUUGAUGUGAAUAGAACUUAUUCAACAAGCCCUCUUGAGGUUCUAUUUAACUCAGAUAAUACCAUUGGGUAUGAACGAUUGACGACAGGAACGAGAUUUCUUUUAAAACGAUGGUACCACUUAACCAGUCAAGAAAUCUAA